AUGCCGACCAUACACGUCGACAAGUACGCUCUGUUCGAGGAGCUCGGCGAGCAGUUCACCGAAGAUGGCUUCCAGAAAUUGUGCUUCGACUUCGGCAUCGAGCUGGAUGACGAUACCGAAAAUGAUCCGACACGGCCCAAAGACCAGGCGCCCGAGCUGGCCAUCGAGAUCCCCGCGAAUCGCUACGAUAUGUUAUGUUUCGAGGGAAUCGCGAUGAACCUGAACAUCUUCCGUGGCAAACACCCAAUCCCGAACUGGAGGCUAGCCGAUGUCCCUGCCGACAAGAUGCAGACCCUCACCAUCACCAAAGAAACGGAGCAAGUCCGCCCAUAUGCUGCCGGCGCAAUCCUCCGCAAUGUCAAGUUCACCCAGGCCUCGUACGACUCCUUCAUCAGCCUCCAAGACAAGCUGCACCAGAAUCUGGCGAGGAUGCGUACCCUGGUUGCCAUCGGCACCCACGAUCUCGACACUAUCAGGGGCCCCUUCACCUACGAGGCCCUGCCGCCAAAGGACAUUAACUUUGUGCCACUGAACCAGACCAAAAAGAUCAACGGCGAGGAGCUCAUGAGCUUCUACGAGACCGACAAGCAUCUUGGGCGUUAUCUCCACAUCCUCCAGAAUAAGCCCGUCUACCCGGUCAUUCUAGAUGCUGAUAGGAACGUUUGCUCCCUCCCUCCCAUCAUCAACAGCGAACGGUCCAAGAUUACGCUUGAGACGAGGAAUGUCUUCAUCGAUAUGACAGCGACGGACCAAACCAAGCUCGACAUUGUUUGCAACAUUAUGGUCACCAUGUUUUCCAAGUACUGUGCAGAGCCCUUCACCAUUGAACCGGUCAAGGUCAUCUCGGAGCACAACGGUACCACUCGGAUUACACCUAGCCUUGCAACCAGGACCAUGGAUGUCGAAGUUGACUAUUUGAACCGACUCUGCGGCCUGUCGGAAUCGCCCGCCUCGAUAAGCAAGCUCCUGAGCAAGAUGGCGUACACGGCUGAGCCAUCGCAAGACCCCAAGUUCGUCAGGGUCACAGUACCGCCAACACGAGCAGACGUCUUGCAUCCUUGUGACGUGAUGGAAGAUCUUGCCAUCGCAUAUGGCUUCAACGAUCUCCCGCGCUCAUCGCCAAAUCAGUCGGUCACCCUUGGGAAACCGCUGAUGAUCAACAAGCUCAGCGACAUCGUGCGUGAGGAGUGUGCCAUGGCUGGCUGGUCCGAGGUCAUGCCCCUCAUUCUCUGUUCCCAUGAGGAGAACUUUGAGUAUCUCAACCGCAAAGACGAUGGAAAGACGGUUGUUAGGCUUGCCAACCCCAAGACCGUUGAGUAUCAGGUUGUGCGAACAUCGUUGCUACCUGGUCUACUCAAAACCUUGAGCGAGAACAAGGCGGUGCCGCUUCCCGUCAAGAUCUUUGAGGCCUCGGACGUUGUCUUCAAGGAUGAGUCCCUUGAGCGGCAGGCCAGGAACGAGCGUCACUGGGCCGCAGCUUACUGCGGUAAGACGAGCGGCUUCGAGGUCGUCCACGGACUCCUUGACAGGGUGAUGAAGAUGCUCCAAGUGUCUUUCCUCACACAUGAAGAAGCCCUCCAGGACGAAGAGAAGCCUGGUAAGAAGGCUGGCUACUUUAUCAAAGGUAUCGAUGACCCGACCUUCUUCAACGGGCGUGCUGCUGCCAUCUACGUACGAUUAAACGGCAAGCUGCACCGCAUUGGCGAGCUCGGUAUCCUGCAUCCUACCGUCCUCGACAAGUUUGAUUUGAGAUACCCGGUUAGCACGUUGGAACUUAACCUUGAGCUUUUCUUAUGA